GUCACGCAACACGAAUCGGCGCAGCCGACAGUCUGAGUCAACAAAUGUGGUUAUUGCAUGAUUUACAAAUAAUUGCGUAGCCUACGUUUAUUUCACAACACAAAGUUUAGACAAAAAGUGCCAUUUGAAUCUACACUUUGAAAAUGAUGCUAUAGAAAUCAGUGAAGUCAAUAUAAUUCUCUUCAAUACCAACAAAGAUGGGUUUGUGCCUUCAGUUGCGCAUGUUAUUGUGGAAGAACUUUCUCCUAAGGAAACGUCAGAAGUUUCGAUUGGUUGUUGAACUACUAUGGCCAUUGUUCUUGUUUUUAAUUCUAAUGUGGGUGCGCACCAAAGGGCUCCGUGAAAAUAUUAGUGAAUGCCAUUUCACUCCAAAAGCACUACCCUCUGUGGGUCAAGUACCUUUCAUACAGAGUUUCUUGUGUUCGUUCAACAACACCUGUCAUGCAACAGAGAAGGAGGCUCAGAUCGAUGGCAGCAACCUACAAGCAUCGAGAGCUGAUAGUCUGGUGAGAGAGCUGUCUACCAUGUUUGGUCAAAGACUGGUGGAUCAGGACUUGGAUGCUGCAGAGAGUGUUGUGGCUGAUCUGAAUCGGUUGGCAAGCCUGGUCCAAGGCAUCACAUCCCGUCAGGUUCAAGUGAAAGGUGUUCUGAGUGUGCCCGAGUUGGUGAACAGCACGAGUUGGAUUAAGGAAGAAAUAUUCCGCCAGAAUAUUUCUCUCGAUGAAAAUGCUGUGGAUUCCUUAAUUACUGCUAAGUUUGCUCCUCAGAACUUUUCACUGGGCCACCUGUUGUUACUGCAGGAGAACAGAUCUCUGGUGUUAUGUGACACUCAGCUGAUGACCAGUGUAAUACAAGUCCAGUCAGCUGUUGUAGAUCAGCUGUGCAGGCUGUCAGCUGUAGAGCUAGAUGCACUCGCCAACAUCAUGCGAGAGUCUCUCACGGCUGCAGGCACCUACCAACAGCUAGUACAGUAUGUGGAAAGCAACUUGGAUCAGUCUUUGUCAUGGAGUGACUGGAACAGUAUGAGGAAUCUGUCAGUUCAAGUUUGGCAAGAUUUCACCUCCCUCCAAAACUAUACUAAAGCAAUGAGUGAUCUGGCAGUGAUGAGCUCUCAGUACACGUAUCUGGCAGACGAGAUGGUGGCCAACAACGUGUCUCGGCUAGAACAGGCGAUUGUCAUGUUCAAUUACUUCCUGUGCGGUAACCAGUCAGGAGAUCUUAUCAAGCAACUGCUAAACGCUGGCGGAAAAAGUACCCAAUGGGAUGACUUCAGAGAUCAAAUGAGGGACUCCUCAGUUGAUGAGAAACAGUAUGUUUACGAUAACACAACCACACCAGUGUGUAACUCAUACUAUGAGCUUCUAGACUCCUCACCACCCUUGCGAGCUCUUUGGAGGAUGUUCAAACCCUUUGUCAGGGGGAAGAUCCUUUACACUCCAGAAACAGUGGUGACCAGUCGUAUGAUGACCAAAUUAAACACAGCUUUUGAAAUUUACAAGGAUAUCUACGAGCUCACUUUUACAUUGUCGAAUGUAACUCUACCGAAUUUGAAGGAAUCCCUUGUAAAUAAUACUGCCCGACUACAGGUCAUAAAGGCAAUAUUGGACUCGCCAGCAUCAGACAUCCUGUUUAACAACACUUUUCUGCGCACAUUCUUGGGGACCAAUUACAAUGAAACCAUAAUGGAGUUUAAGAAAGAUCUUAAUCUGUUUCUUCAACCAAAUAACACCCAGUACCGUGAGGACACAUUUGACAGAUUCAUCAAUAUAACAACAGACCUGAAUGAACUGUUUGAGUGUUUUGAUUGGAACAAAACUGUGCCUUAUGACAAUGAAGAUAAGGCUAUGGAUGCUGGAAUGGCAUUGAUCGAAGAAAACAAACUCUGGGCUCUGCUUGUCUUCAUUGAUCCUGGAAAUGACACACUGAACCCCAACACUACAUAUAAAAUCAGGAUGAAUGUUGAGAGGGUGGAUAACACAGAGUUUAUCCAGGACCGACUCCAGAGACCUGGAGCCAGAAUACGGCCAGCUGUGGACCUCAAAUACAUUACCUUUUGGGUUGCAAUUUCAAUGUUACAACUACCAGUAUUAAAAUUUGUGAUAGCCAUAUCUCGUACGUUCCCACUUUUUAUGGUGCUGUCCUGGGUGUACACGUGUGCCAUGAUAGUCAAGUCUGUAGUCUACGAGAAAGAGCAGAGACUAAAGGAGACCAUGAGGGUGAUGGGUCUAGGCAACGGAGUCCACUGGCUCGGCUGGUUUGUGGACAGUAUUGUUCCGAUGUUGGUCACUAUAGCGAUGCUCACCACUGUACUGGUCUAUGGGAAAGUGCUGAAAAAUGCUGAUCCUACAUUAGUAUUCUCGUUUCUUACCAUCUACGGGAUAUCUGUGAUCACUCAAGCGUUUCUUAUAUCAACAUUUUUUCUCAAAAGCCAACUUGUCUGCUGCCUGUGGUGGCAUCAUAUUCUUUGUGUUAUAUCUCCCGUACAGUUUCUUGGUCCGCUGGAUCCUACAGAUGAGCACCCUCACAAAGAGUUUACUGGUAAGAUUAAGUUGAGUUUCACACAAUGA